UCUCGGGCGUACAAGCUUGGCCUGACCCAGCAGGACCUGGACUUCACUUGUGCUCUGUUCUCGUCGGUACGCCCCUGUUGCAAAAUGCGAGACGCGCCACUCACGUUUGCAAGAGCCGCUCACGGGACCACACGGACACUCGCAGAAUACAUUGGAGAGCACUCCUCCGCCGACCGGAUUUAAUGCAGAAAAGUCGCAUCUGGAGACUCAAGUUGAACGUCGGGAGAUACUCGCGUGGGGUCCUUUUCGGAAAGGCAAAUCCGCACGGGAAUUGUCCAACCAACGCCAGCGCAUGAGUUGUGCAUGCAUGACUUUUCUUAAUUGCCAAGGCUGCCCUCAUAGUUGCGGUGAAUCCUAGCGGCGGGCCUCUCUUUCGAUCGCCCCCUCGAUGUGGGCCGGAGGACUCCCGGCCGCCGUGGCCGUGACCCUUCUGCUGGUCACCAUCGACGUGCAGGCCAGCGGUGAGUACUGCCACGGUUGGCACGACGCCCAGGCAGGGUGGAAGGAAGGCUUCCAGUGCCCAGAGAAGAUAGAUGGCGUGGACGCCAUUAUCUGCUGCGGAAAGUGCGAGCUGCGUUACUGCUGCUCCAGCACGGACGCGCGGCUGGACCAGGGCAGUUGCGACAACGACAGGCGGGCCCUGGAACCCGGGGCCGAGGGUAGAGAGACCAAGGACUCCGAUGCAGUUCCCAUCUACGUCCCGUUCCUCAUCGUGGGUUCGGUGUUCGUGGCCUUCGUCCUGGUGGGCUCGGUGGUGGCCAUGUGCUGCUGCCGCUGCCUGCGCCCCAAGCAGGAGCUGGCGUCGGCAGCGGGCGGCGGCACCGCUGCCGCCGGUGGCCGUCUCCUGGAGACCAUCCCCAUGAUGUCCAGCUCCGGCACCUCCAGGGGCUCGUCGUCGCGCCAGUCCAGCACCGCCACGUCGUCCAGUUCCUCCGCCGCCGCCGCCAACGCCCGUCCGGGGGCCCUGGCGGUCCGAGCGCAGGCCUCCUGCUGCCUGCCGCCCGACGCCAGCGUCUUUGUCAACAUGCCCACCAACUUCUCGGUUCUCAACUGCCAGCAGGCCACGCAGAUCAUGCCCCACCAGGGACAGUUCCUGCAUCCGCAGUACAUUGGCUACGCCCAUCCGGUGUCCCCCGCUUUUAUGGACCCCAACCAAGGCGGCUACAGACCCCUCCAGUCCCCUUGCCCUCCCCCUCAAGCCGGAGUGUCCUGUGAGCAGAAAUACCCCCCUGUGACGGUGUGAGCACCCGUCAAGCUCCACCUGAGCGGCUUCCGUCCGGUGCGUUCAGAGGACUCCCGGUGUUCGGUGUGGCCAGUGAGCCGAGCUCAGCUUUCAAAUGCGGGCUCCGGAAUACUUGCAAGUAUGAAAGAUUUGUGUGUUUGUAGCAGCGAUGACUGGGGUGAUUUAUGCCGGCGCCGCCGCCGCGCGUUAGAAAGGUGCGUGCGUGAUGACAAGCGCAGACUCUCUCCCCGCGGACUAUUUAAAAGCUAAUGAAGUGAGCUAGGCGCACGGACCGUGACGCUCCAGAAUGUUUUUCCCGACGCCGCCCCGGCGUGAGAAAUCGUCUUUGGGUGACGUCGGCGCUUUGAAGACGAUACCCCCCGCACGCAACCCCCCCCCCCCCUCCUCGAGGUGUGUUACUGGAUUUAACACUAGCACAGUUGAGUGCGUGUGGCGAGAAAGCAAGCAGUCGCCCGUUGCCUUGGAAUGUGCACUCAGCUUGUGCUGUUGGUGCCAAUUUUCAUAUCAACAUGGAACGAAAUAAAAAGAAAAAGUGUCAUUUUCAA